AAAAAGAAAAAAAUGGAAAAUCCAUCUUUCUCUCAGAGCUCUCUGUUCCUGACUGGUUUGUCAUCCGUAUGUGGCCGAUCCGAUCAAUUCGAUUGAAUCUGAUCAAAGUUCUUGGGAUCGGUCCGGCAGGAUUUAUCGCCGCCGAUGGCGUUUUCACCCACAGCCGGUGGAGGAAGUUCCAGAGACACAUCCAUUGUCGUUCUCACACUCGAAUCAGGGGAAGUCUAUGUAGUUGCAAGUUUGUAUUCGAGGAACGAUACGCAGCUGAUCUACAUCGAUCCCACCACCGGCGCUCUUCGCUACCAUGCGAAGUCCGGACUUGACGUCUUCCAGUCCGAGUCCCAGGCAAUCGAUUUCGUUACCAAGGGAUCGCGAUGGCUCUGUAAGUCCUCCGUCCAAGCUAGAGCGCUUUUAGGAUACGUUGCCGUGGGUGGAACUGGUUUACUCUUUGUUGCCACCAAACUUUCCGUCAGUAUACCGAAUUUUCCCGGUGGAGGAUGUAUUUUCACGGUGCUGGAGAGUCAGUGCAUCAAGGUUACGCUGCAGAAUCCGCAGGUUCAGGGGAAGGGCGAGCUGAAGAACGUGCAGGAAUUGGCUGAGGCUGAUAUUGAGGGGAAACACUACUUUUGUGAAUCGAGGGACAUCACGAGACCGUUCCCUAGCCGGAUGCCGGUGGGCAAGCCCGACGAAGAGUUCGUUUGGAACUGUUGGUUGUCGAUGGCCUUCAAGAACAUUGGGCUGCCAUAUCAUUGCGUUGCGCUUCUCCAGGGGUUUGCAGAGUGUCGAAGUUUUGGUAGUUCUGGUCAGAUGGAAGGGUUUGCCGCACUUAUUGCUCGUCGAAGCAGGCUGCAUCCGGGCACUCGAUAUUUGGCCAGGGGGUUAAAUUCAUGCUUCAGCACAGGAAACGAGGUUGAAUGUGAGCAACUGGUAUGGAUACCUAAAAAGGCAGGUCAGAGCACUCCUUUUAACACGUACCUUUGGCGACGAGGCACCAUUCCAAUUUGGUGGGGUGCAGAGCUGAAGAUCACUGCUGCAGAAGCAGAAAUACAUGUUUCUGAUUGUGAUCCUUAUAAAGGAUGCGUGCAAUACUAUCAGAGGUUGAAUAAGAGAUAUGAAGCUGGGAAUAUCGAUGUUGUCGGUGAAGGAAAUCGGGACAAAAAGGCUUUGGUUCCUAUAGUUUGCAUAAAUUUGCUUAGGAAUGGAGAAGGAAAAUCAGAAUCAGUUUUAGUUCAGCACUUUGAGGAAUCAAUGAGUUAUAUUAAAUCAACGGGUAAACUUCCGAAUACUCGAAUCCAUUUGGUAAAUUAUGAUUGGCAUGCAAGUACAAAGUUAAAGGGCGAACAGGAAACAAUUGAAGGGCUGUGGAAGCUUCUAAAAGGACCUACUGUAUCAAUAGGUGUUUCUGAAGGGGAUUAUUUACCAUCCCGCUUACAGACUACGGAUUAUAGGGGCGAAAUCAUACAUAAUGAUGACUUUGAAGGUGAUUUUUGCAUAAGGUCAUAUCAAAAUGGAGUGAUACGAUAUAACUGUGCCGAUUCUUUGGAUAGAACCAAUGCUGCUAGUUUUUUUGGGGCUCUCCAAGUCUUCAUGGAGCAAUGCAGGCGGCUAGGGAUAUCUUUAGAUAAUGACUAUGGAAUGGGUUACCGUUCAGUGGAUACCCACAGUGGAUAUACAGCUCCACUGCCACCAGGGUGGGAAAAAAGGAGUGAUGCUGUGACAGGGAAGACCUAUUAUAUUGAUCAUAAUACGAGGACCACAACAUGGACACAUCCUUUUCCUGAUAAACCUUGGAAAAGAUUUGAUAUGACAUUUGAAGAAUUCAAGAAAUCAACAAUUCUAUUUCCCAUUUCUCAGCUAGCAGAUUUGUUUUUGCUUGCCGGGGAUAUUCAUGCCACCCUUUAUACUGGUUCCAAAGCUAUGCAUAGCCAAAUCCUUAACAUAUUCAAUGAAGAAGCAGGAAAAUUUACACAAUUUUCCGCUGCACAAAACAUGAAAAUUACUUUGCAGAGAAGAUAUAAAAAUGCAGUUGUUGACAGCUCUCGGCAAAAGCAGCUGGAGAUGUUUCUUGGGAUGAAGCUUUUCAAACAUCUUCCAUCAAUACCUAUUCAGCCACUUCAUGUACUCACGCGAGCAUCCAGUUUUUUACUCAAACCUAUCACCAACAUGUACCCAAACUCUAAUGGUGGAUCUGGUCUUCUGAGUUUUAAGAAGAAAAGCGAGAUCUGGGUCUUUCCGCAGAAUGAUGAUGUCGUUGAACUGUUCAUUUAUCUAACUGAGCCUUGCCAUGUCUGUCAGCUUCUUCUUACUGUAUCUCAUGGUGCAGAUGACUUGACUUAUCCUGCCACCGUUGAUGUAAGGACUGGCCGUAAUUUUGAUGGGCUAAAACUAAUUCUUGAGGGUGCUUCCAUUCCUCAGUGUGAAAAUGGGACAAACCUUGUAAUAACCUUACCAGGACAAAUCAGUGCUGAGGAUAUGGCUAUCACUGGGGCUGGUGCACGCCUCCAUUCCCAAAAUGCAUCAACACUUCCAUUAUUAUAUGAUUUUGAAGAACCAGAGGGUGAACUGGACUUCCUUACUCGUGUUGUAGCUGUGACAUUUUAUACUGCUGAUUCUGGGAGAAGUUCAAUGACACUUGGUGAGAUAGAGAUCCUUGGAGCUUCACUUCCUUGGAGUGGGGUGUUUUAUGACGAAGGACCUGGUGCAAGAUUAGCUCACCUCCCUAAAAAGACUCAUAAGGAAAUCAACCAAUUUUCUUCUGGUUCAGGAACCAAGCCAUCUAUGGCCCCUUCAUUAAAUGAGGAUAUUUCAAAAUCAGUUAAAGCGAGUACUUCUGCAGAUCCAUCGGUUGACCUUUUGACCGGAGAAGUCACAUUUUCAGAUACAAUUUCACAACCAGUUAGUGAUACUGUUGUACAUCAGGGGGAACACUUACCUGAUCUUUUGGACCAGCAUGUUGCAUUUCAUGGUGCUGAAACCGACCACAAAGUUUCCUCACCAGAAGAUCCAAAGGUUACAGAUAGUUGUUCCGAACAAUACAUAAACUGUCUCAUAUCCCUUGCAGGACCUCAGAUGGAAAAGAGGCUCAGCUUUCAAGAAGCCAUGAAGCUUGAAAUUAAGCGCCUCCGGCUAAAUCUUUCAGCUGCCGAGAGGGAUAGGACAUUAUUAUCAACUGGAACUGAUCCUGCUACUAUAAAUCCAAAUCUAUUGCUCGAUGAAAUUUAUAUUGGAAGGUUAUGCAGACUGGCGAACAACCUUGCAUUAGUUGGACACACUUAUCUGGAAGACAAAACUACUGCUGCUAUCGGUCUUGAUAAAAUUGAUGAUCUUGUGGAUUUCUGGAACAUCACGGAAAUUGGAGAGAUCUGUUCUGGUGGAACCUGUGAGGUGCGUGCUGAAAUUAAUACACCAGUUCAAUUUCCUUCUAAAGCAUCUUUAAUGGGAGCUCCCCAGCCUGUCUUGUUAUGCUCGCAAUGCCAAAGAAAGGUUUGUAAAGUAUGCUGUGCUGGGAGAGGGGCUCAACUACUAACAAGCUAUAGCUCACGAGAAGUCUCAAACUACAGCCAGGGAGGAUCUGGUCAUGGGAGCCGAAUUGAUAUCUCGAAUGGUUUGGAUGGUCUUGUCUGUAAGAGCUGCUGUCCCAACAUUUUGCUUGAUGCAUUGAUCUUGGACUAUGUAAGGGUAUUAAUUAGUGCACGAAGAAUUGCUCGUGCCGAUGAUGCUGCAUAUGGAGCUCUGAACCAGGUGAUUGGAUCAUCAUUUGGGGAUUGGCUUUCUGAAAAGAAUCUGCGGUAUGCUGGCCAACGAGUAAAUAAGGUCCUUAGAAAACUGCUUAAUGGAGAAGAGUCUGUUGCUGAAUUUCCAUUUGCCAGCCUUUUGCACUUGGUUGAAACAGCAGCAGAUUCAGCACCAGCCUUGUCAUUGCUUGCUCCCUUAGGUUCUGGUUCAUUUUCUUCAUAUUGGAAAGCUCCUCCCAACACAACCUCUGCUGAAUUUGUUAUUGUUCUUGGUUCCAUUUCUGAUGUUAGUAGUGUCAUCAUGAUUGUGAGCCCGUGUGGGUACUCUGCAGGAGAUACUCCAAUUGUACAAAUUUGGGCGAGUAAUUUUAUUCACAGGGAAGAACGGUCAUAUAUUGGAAAGUGGGAUGUUCAAUCCUUGAUUCCAUCUUCAUUUGAUUUUUGUGGACCAGAAAGAAAACACAGCGAGGAUGCAGCACCUAGACAUGUCCGGUUUACCUUUAAAAGCCCCGUUAGAUGUCGCAUCAUUUGGAUGACGCUACGCCUCCAACGUGCUGGUUCCAGUUCUUUUAAUUUUAUGAAAAAUUUUGACCUCUUGUCUCUAGAUGAAAAUCCUGUUGCCCCAGUUAAUCCACAAGUUAAUCGACGUGCCUCCUUUGGAUCCUUUGGAGGAUCAAGAGAAGCUAUUCCUUGUCUCCAUGCUAAACGAAUAAUCGUAGUCGGAAUCCCAGCGAGAAAAGAGAUAGCCCUUGAAUCAUCAUCAGACUCUGAUCAAGUGACUAAUACUGACAGGUCCUGGUUGGAGAGAGCCCCUCAAUUAAGGAGAUUCAAGGUUCCAAUUGAAGCUGAAAGGGUUAUGGACAACGAUAUUGUCUUGGAACAGUAUCUAUCUCCAGCUUGCCCAAUGAUUGCUGGGUUCCGUCUGGAGGCUUUCGGUGCAAUUAAACCUCGAGUUACCCAUUCACCUUCUUCAGAUGAACAAGUCUGGGAUGCCUCGGUUACAUUUUUAGAAGAUCGACACAUCUAUCCUGCUGUAAUAUAUCUACAAGUUUCCGUUAUUCAGGAGCCUAAUAAUGAAGUAACUAUUGCCGAGUACCGACUACCGGAAGCGAAAGCUGGAACAGGAUUUUACUUCGAUUUGCCUAGACCUGUACAAACGAGAAGAAUUAUAUUCAAACUUCUCGGCGAUGUUGCAGCGUUUUCCGAUGACCCAGCUGAACAAGACGAUUCUGGAUUUCGGGUUUUUGCAGCAGGGUUGUCUUUGUCUAAUAGAAUUAAGCUUUUUUACUAUGCAGAUCCUUAUGAACUCGGAAAAUGGGCAAGUCUUUCAGCUGUUUGAUUCUCGGACGUUGCUCUUAUUGCGAGGAGAAAAGAAAACAAAAGGUAAAGGUAAUUAAUUAUGUUAUUUGAUUCCAUUCUUUGUUGUAAUGCCAAUAUAUGUAACUCAAUAUUCUUUUGCAUAAUAAUACCAAAUUUUAGGAACUUAGAAGAAAAGUUCUCUUUCCUGCUGGAAUAGGUAUUUGUGUAUAUACAAAUCUCAAGAUUUUGAUCCUUUUGAGUUGGGAAUGAGUAAGAAAAAGGUUGUUUGUCUAGUGG